AACUCUCCAAUUCUGGCAAAUUCCUUAUCGAUGGAGCCCAGCAAAGUAAAGAAGUGGGCAAGUCGGAAACGGCCCCACGUGGAGCAUAUGGUGGACCACUCGGAGAUGAACCUCCCGAUUCCUGACGAGAUCGAGAAGCUUUUCAACAAGAGAUUCACCUUCCAGAAGCUUGCUGAUCAACCCUGGUGUCUGGCUGACGUUGGGGAGGUUAGUACAAAGGAGUCUGAGAGGCUGCAGGCUCUGAAGGAGUCCCUUAACGAUGUGAAGAACCAGCUGAGUGACAAGGAACUGGAAAAGUGGCAUGAGCACACGGCCUUCACCAACCGGGCGGGGAAGGUCAUCCCGGUGGUUCGGAGCACUAUGAAUGCCGAAUUGUGCACACAGGCCUGGUGCAAGUUUCAUGAGAUCCUGUGCACAUUUCCCUUGCUUCCAUUUGAGGCACUCCAGAAUGGGGAGCUGAACUCUGUGCACCUCUGCGAGGCCCCUGGGGCCUUCAUUGCCAGUCUGAACCACUACCUCAAGUCUCACCGCAUCCCGUGCGACUGGAAUUGGAUCGCCAAUACCCUCAACCCCUACCACGAAGGCAAUGACACUGGCAUGAUGAUAAUGGAUGACCGGUUGAUUGCUGCGACGCUGCCCUGGUGGUAUUUUGGUCCUGAUAACACAGGGGAUAUCAUGGCCCACGACUGUCUUCAGGGGUUAAAGGAAUUAACUCAGAACGUGAAGGUCCACCUGGUGACGGCAGAUGGGAGCUUUGAUUGCCAGGACAACCCUGGAGAGCAGGAAACUCUGGUAUCUCCCUUGCACUACUGUGAGACCAUUGCAGCCUUGAUGCUCCUCGGCCCGGAGGGCUCCUUUGUGUUGAAGAUGUUCACGCUGUUUGAGCGCUGCUCAGUUUGCCUGCUUUACCUGCUCAACUGCUGCUUUCGCGAAGUUAGUGUCUUUAAGCCAGGCACCAGCAAGUCAGGAAACUCUGAAGUCUAUGUGGUCUGCCUUGAGUAUAAGGGCAAGGAUGCCGUGGGAAGGUACCUUGAUCAGCUGGGGAUGAGCUUUGGGCCAGACGUCGUCCAGAAAUCUGACCUCGUCCGGACUGCUGUUCCGGAGUCUUUUCUAAAACAGCUGGAAGAAUGUUGCUUUUUCUUUCACAAGUGUCAGACAGAUACGAUCAGGGAAAACCUUCGGCUGUUUGGGAAGAUGGGUACCGAGGAGGUCAAGGCGAUGGAGGAGAAGCGGGACUGCGCUGCCGACUUCUACCUGCGGCGGUUCCAGUUGCGCCGCCUGGCCCGAGAGGACUGGCUGGUGAAGAGGUCACAGGCUGGCUGGAGCUUGGCCGGCCGGUUAUCUGCACACAAGAAGAAGAAACUGCACUCCGGCUCUUACAAUGACAGGAUGGAUCUGGCCGGCCUGGCCUGGCAGGAAAGGAUGCGUAAGAGCCCCUUCUGCCCUGAGGUGGACCAGCACUGCACUGCCACCCGGGAGGCCGACUGCGUCCUGAGGGAUUCACAGGGUGGUACUGACUGCCAGUCCUGGUACAUCCUGGAAGGCAGGAGGCUCAGCAGGCUGGUCAGCUCUCCGUUCUGUGACGUGGAGCUCCAGCGGAUAAUGGAGGAGGCAGUGCUGGGAUGCGGGGCAGCACGCGGCACCGUCAUGCUCCCUUGUGACUCAUGCAGUGUCUAUUCUGAAGAGCUGGUGCUGUCUGAACUUGCUGCCCUGAUGGCGGAGCAGCGGCCGGGGGGAUUCUGUGACCACCGUGGUCAGCCGGUGGAUUGCCUUGUGAUGAUGAGGCUGCAGCAGUUCCCAACCCCGAAGCAGAUCAACGGCUUCCAGCUCCGCUACUGGAAGUCCACUUCCCCGCUUCCCACUCGCUGCACUGUUCUUCACGAUGGAGAGCUCUCAUACCAGCAGUGUCUGCUCGAUGCUGUGCUCCAUGCAAUUGAGGACUGUCGAGAUGGGGGUGCGCUCAUCCUCCCCAUUCUCUCGUCUUUCACCCGCUUUACGGCUGGCCUGCUGUUUGUGCUGCAGCAAUGCUUCCGAGUGCUGGACUUUGUUUGCCCUACCUCGUCGGAUGCUCUCGGAACCCUCGCUGUCUUGCUGUGUGCUGGCUUUCGUCGCCCGCCCGCUGACGUCAUGGCGUUCCUGGCCAGGCUGAGUGAGCGCGUGCGUCAGCUCCAGGACUGCGAGCCAGACCGGCCGCUGCAGGUCCUGCAGUUUGUGCCAAUGGAACUGCUGCUCAGGGGAAACCUGCCGAGAUUCCUUGACGUGCUCAAUACUGCCAUCUUGAAACAGAGGCUUCACCUGCUUACUCAGAGCACAACGUAAACCAACGCUAUCCCAUUGGUAGGCUGGAGCUGUCGUGUAUUGUCCUCCCUGACUGGAGUCACAACCAGCACUGUUUCCAACUCAUGGGCAGCCGUUCGAUAGCUCUUGAGGAUCGAGAUUCCCGUUGGCUAUCUCAAUCAGCCCUAUAUGAGCAGUGCAGCGAAUAAGCACUAGAUGUACUCCAUCGAGGUUCAUUCCUCUCAAUGUAGUCAUUGCUCCAAGUGAGAGACUCCGAUAACCAGCUGAAGUGUUGGGGAAUGUUAGAACAGUCUCACUUUGAAACUGUGAUCAGUUCAGUGCCUUGCAGUUACUUUGGAAUACCUGCUGAGAGUUAUGGCAUGUUGCUGACAGAGCCACCGAGGACUCUAUGCCACAGUGAGGGGGAGGGCCACGGUUCAAACUCCACUAAUAAUCAUUCCUUCCCACUGGGCUGUUCACGUUCUUAAACACUGACCAGCUUGCCUCAGAUGUAACCUGCGUGAAAGGUUUGUAGCAGUGAUUCCCUGAGAGCUUACCAGCAUCAUCUUCACGGUUGGUCACUGGAUACUUUAUAAAAUUAAUUUUGAGGUUAUUGCUGAGACCUUGGUCCACAGCUGUGUUUCUUUUUAAUGCAGUUUGAGAUAUUCACUGCUGCCUUUUGUCUUAUUUCCCUGUCCUUGUAAUGGGGUCAGGCUUUGCCCUAUAUCAUGCAAGAGUGAAGAUGCACCAUGAGUAUAUAGAAAUCCUGGCACCAUUCAUACAAACAGAACCUCCGAUAGUGGUGGGAUUGCUACCCCUCUGGGCAUCGAGUGUUGUGCUUGGGGGCCAGUGUACAAGGGAAACCUGGUGACUGCUACGAGUUGUGUGUUGCUGAGAGGGAGAGAGAGCUGUUCUCCCCUGCCCUGUGGAUGCUCAAUUCCCCACUUCCAACAAAUUGUUGAAAUCUCUAACCACAGAUGUUGUGGCCUCUGCUUUAGAAUUUGGCAAGCUAUAAGGAGACAGUGUUUCCCAGGUCACACACACAGCCCGGUGAGUCAGAAUUGGCCUGGUAACCACUUAUUUUAUGUCUGACUGCGUUUCACAUGAACGUUCCCCUCUGCCUAGUCUCGAUGUCUUUCAGCAUUUGCCACUAGCCUGAGCAGCCUCAAUAAAUGGCUGAUGGAAUAUGUCAGUGUCAGCUGUGGAACCAGAUUGCACUCUGUUUGAGUUCUCUGUCCAUUCCUCUCCCCUCCUUGCUGACCAUCCUUUCUACCUGUUUGCUGUGUAUCCAUUGUAAAGCUGCCAUCUUCUAAAACACUGUCUACGCUCCUUUGGGCAAACAAAAAACCUCUGGGUCAAUGGCCCGACCGGAACUCCCUGUUCUUAAAGGCGUUCACACCCCUCUCCCUCCAGCAGCAUGCAGCUCCGAACAGGUUUCUGUCGUACACUGGGCCCAAAACACCCCCCUCAAUACCUGAAGGGCAGUAAUCGCGCCACGGGGUCAGGGGUCCUGUUUGUGGAGCUGCAGCAUGAUGAAAGAGAACAGGACAAUAAUGAAAAAACAGUUUAAAGUUUGACGGUUGAGCAGUGAUCUGAUCUGUUGUUGACUGUUCCUUUGUUAUGUGUGGCUGGAAAUAAGGAAUCCCUUAAGGAACCGAUGAGGUCUUUUCCCCAUCUGCUUCACUAGUUGCAAUUUCCAGGCCUUUUUGAAGGUGUUGACUUUCUGUAAGUUACAUUGCCAUAAACCCCAGCACCUGAGCCACAUGUUCAUUCACCCUGUGUCAAACUUGUUGGUGAUCAGUUUUUUUUGUUUUAAACUCCACUCUUUGGGCUCAGUGCUGAGGAGGUGAGAAUCACGGGCACGCAUCUUAGGGAUAUAGGUCGUGCUGACCCAUUGCUUUCUGUAAUGGAAUUGGUUCCUGCUCUCCUUUUCAUAUACAGACAGUGCAGAGUAAGAGUGAGCUGCUACAUUUAAUUUUUUUUUUGUAUUUAAAGUGUAUAAAUUGUAUAUUUUAGAGCAGAAGUAUUUUUGUGUUUUGAUCCCAUCAUAAUAUGGUUGGAACAAUUGGUGUCUAGUCACAACAGUGAACAUAGCAGAAGGGUCAGCCAAGGCAAGGCGCUCUAUUUCAAUUUUUGCAGCAUCUUUCUGAUUCUUGAUCGCGUCUCCUCCCUGAUUUUGAAUUGCCAGCACUGAACCUGUAAUAACUCUGCCGAUGAAGAGCUGGGUUGCUGACUUUGUCAGCUGGUUAUUUUGGGGCUGUGCAUAUUAUGUGCAUUUACAUAAUAAUCUUAUAUGGUGCUUCAAUGGAUUUGGAGGCAUCACACUUUUUCCCAUUGCAAUCCAGAUGUGUCGUGAAGGUUGCCUGAAGGAUGCGUUAAAGUGUGAGAUUGUAGGAUGUUGUUUGCCUGAAGUGUAAUGAGCUUUGUUCUUAUCAAAUCCAGAAAUGGUUGACCAUUCACAGCAGGGUUUGGCAGUUGUACAGUUAAUAUAAAUAUCCCAGAGACCGGACACAGGAGGCCAUGCUGGCUGCCAUGUCUGUAUUGGCUCUUAGCACCAAAUAGAUUAGCCCCAGUACCCUGCUUUAUCCAAUUACAUUUAAUCUGUUUGCAAACUCCGAGGUUCCUGAAGUUUAAAAAGACAGAGUGUUCUUAUAAAGAAUUCAAUUUUUUUUAUUAACAAACCUUUGCUCCAAGAAAAAAAUGGCUAGAUACUGGACCAAAAGCAAUUACGGACAAUUAUGGGAGUGGAAUGGCCUGAAAAGUAAACUUUCUUUUAAUGUCUGCUCAUUUAUGACGCAGGAUUGAAAUUAUGCAUUUCAUUUUGUUACAGAGGAAUUGAGAAAUGAAAUAGGAAUGAAUCAUGACUUUCUUUUGUACCUGAUUUCCAAUUUGAUAAUGAUUUAGUUAGAAUUCAGAUUGAAAUCAAAUAAGACCAACAAUUUAUGUUUGAGAUAAAUAAAUUCAAAUACCUUUUUUGUUUAAGGAUCAAUUAAAAGUCUUCAAACCAGACAAAAUGUGUCUUUGUUCUU